ACUAGGAGUAGAUCCGUUGGAUGGGUGUUUUGAUGGGCAGGGAUGUGAUGCGUUUGGGAGCAUCUAGAAGGUGACAGGCGAGGGGAGCGGACUCAGUGUAGGGGAUUGUGAAUCGUGACAUGCAGCCAGGGUCCCAAGCACUCUGGUGGCCAAGCCCUCCCUGCCCCCCGCAUUUUGGCUUGGGCGUGGGGAGGCGCGUCUCACCUGAAGCUGCCCUUCCACGUUUCCAUGGCAACUGGCAGCCCAGCGCAGGCGGCCUCUCUGAGCCUGCGGGGAGGGGAGUGCGUUGGCGCUGGAGGCUGCGCGCCCUGCCUUCUCCCCGGUGGCGGCACCUUGUAUGCGUGGGAGUGGAGACUGCUCACGUUCUGCCUCAGCCGGGGUUCUUGACAGCUGGGUUUCCACGAACCCUCUGAAAUGAAACACUGGCAAACUUGGAGAGACAGAUCUAUGCUUUUGAAGGAAGCUACCUGGAAGACACUCAGAUGUAUGGCAACAUUAUCCGUGGCUGGGAUCGGUAUCUGACCAACCAGAAAAACUCCAAUAGCAAAAACGAUCGAAGGAACCGGAAGUUCAAGGAGGCUGAGCGGCUCUUCAGUAAAUCUUCGGUCACCUCGGCAGCUGCAGUAAGUGCGUUGGCAGGAGUUCAAGACCAGCUCAUUGAAAAGAGGGAGCCAGGAAGUGGCACGGAAAGUGAUACUUCUCCAGACUUCCACAAUCAGGAAAAUGAGCCCAGCCAGGAGGACCCCGAGGAUCUGGAUGGAUCUGUGCAGGGAGUGAAACCUCAGAAGGCUGCGUCUUCUACUUCCUCAGGGAGCCACCACAGCAGCCAUAAAAAACGAAAGAACAAAAACCGGCACAGAUCUCAGAAGAACAACGUAAAGUCUAUCAGAUGUGGGAGUGCCUUCCUAGAUCAUCUUUGCCACUGUGUGUUUUGCAGUAUGUAUAUUAGGUUAGGCUGGGAAGUUUUUUUUAAAACAGAAAAACGUGAUGGAGGAUUGAUCUGAAGUUAAACAAAAAACCACGAGCUGACUAUUAGAAGACUCCUUAGCACAGAAGCUUCCAGGCUGUAGAGCCCUCUCCCCUCCUCCGACCUCACCUGCGUGCGUGGCCGUCCACCUCUGCUUUCCCAGACCCAGUGCCUGUGACUCUGAGUAGUUUGUUCUGAAAUGUGGUGACAAACAAGUUGUUUCUGUAAGACCGCAUCGGAUCGCUCGCCGUGUGUCAUUUUUAGUAACAGAACCGCAGGAGGACCAAGACCUGGUCACAGCCCCAGCAAGUCGCCAACUGUGUUUCUCCCUUCCUGGAAUGACUGUCCCCCCACUGGCUGGCGCCAGCUUCAUCUGUGACACCCAUCAAGAAACGCCCUCUGCUUUUGUUUUAUGCUGAAAGUAGACGACAGGUCACCCUGCAGUGGGAGGCUGUAAAUAUCUGGCAUUUUCUUAUUUUGUUCAUGUUUUAUUAUUUUUCUACUGUUGUUUUUACCAUCUUAUUUUCUUUUGGGACUUUUUGUCCUGCCGAUGUCCAGCUCGUACCUUCCCGCUGACAGAGCUGAUCAUCUGUUUCGUGCAGUUGCCAAAGUUCUUAACUGAAGAUAAUCUGGUUCACCAUAAAUAAAAUGGGGAAUUUGGCUCUGUUUGUUUGCAGGAGGAAGGUAAAGAGUGUCUAUUUAAUGAUUACCUAUCUUAAAUCUUUCUGAGUUGGAAGCAGUUUCAUGUUCAAGGAACAGGAAAAGCUGAAAAACAUAAGUUUAAAUCAAUCCUUUAAAAAUAGAUAUUUUUAUUUUUUUGUAUAAAUAAAUUUUCACGGGCUUUGACUUCUCAUGCUUUGCUUUUAAACCUGAGAUCAUUUUUUCACUUAUUUUAAAAUAAUUUAUUCAUAUCAUGCCUUAUGGAAAUUUCUUUCUUUUUCCAUCUUUUCUCUCUUUGCUGGUAUUUGCCUGAUUAAAUGUUGCUCUAAAAAUCACUAAGACAAAUAGAAAGGCUCAGAAUUGCACCCAAAGCUGAUACCGUAUGGAAGUUCUUGAGCAGAGUGAAAGAUAGGAUCAAGGAGAGCCAGCGAGGCCCAGCAGACCGCCUCCUCACAGGGCUUGACGGGCUGAGGAACGCGGCGACACUGGCUGCCUGCCUCCCGAGCAGUGGUGAGCUGCCUCGGCUGCACGUUGGAAUCACCUGGGAAGCUUAAAAAACACUGAUGCCUGGGUCCCACACCCAGAGACUCUGCCCGGGGGCCGUCUAGUUAUUGGGAUUUCCUUUCGAGGAGUCCCUGGGAUUCUGGUCGGAAGCCAAGUUGAGAACCACUGCCCUGGGAGACGGGCUGGUUUCAUUUAAAUCCUGGGUUGUGAAUCAGUCCAGGGGAGAGAUUUGGGGCCUCACCCUUCCUUUGACUCUAUUUAGUCGUAGUCCUUUACUUAUGCCCAUAUCUUUGUUAGAAAAGCUGUUUCCUUUGUGAUAAUCUUGGUAGAGCUGAAUAUGGAUGGCAUCUAUUAUCAAAACAAGUCUACUUGUCAAAUGUGCAAAAGCUUUCACUCUUUUCUCAAAUAAACUUUUUUUUUGACUCUG